AUGGACGUCCUCGAGAAGGGGUCGUUGAGUUAUGUCCAAGCCAUUACGCUGAUGGCGAACUACCUACAAAAGCGCAACAAGCCAAAUGCGGGGUUCAUUCUUAUCGGCAUUGGCUUUAGCAUGGCCCUCGCCAUAGGGUUGCACCGGGAAUUUGCUAUGCCGAGCACGUCACCGUUCACAAUGGAAAUACGUCGACGAGUCUGGUGGACACUGUUCGUUUUUGUUUCUGGGGCGCAGUUGACGCUAGGAAGGCCGGCCGUGUCUCUGGUUGGCGUGAACAUCAGACUCCCUGCGAACUUGGAUGACCACGACCUUGCCGUUGAUAUGGAAGAAUUAUCCGACUCGAGACCAGAAGCAACGAUAACUUCCUGCUUGAUCGCCCAGGUCAAACUGGCUAAGAUCGCCAAUGCCAUCCAGGUAGAGCUUCUAACGCACUACCGACCAACCUACGAGAAGGCCGUAAAGCUAGAGGAAAACAUCGCCGAUUGGUGGAGAGACCUUCCGCCCUACUGUCAUCCCGAUGCGCACCUGCAACCACAUCUUGAAUUGGCAAAACGAGUGCUCAUAUGGAGAUCGUUUCAUCUGCGUAUUGUUCUCAAUCGGCCAUUUCUCUUCGAAGCUAUAGCUACAAGGUCGGGGUUAAGUACAAGCGCGGGACCUGUCAAGUCUUGCCUCACGGCUGCGGACGAGUGUGUUGUGUCCAUUUGUGGAUUCCUCGACUCCACCGAAAAUAGGAAAAGGGGGAUAGCUUGGUACGCUACGUACUGGUUGAUUACAGCAAGCUUUGUCCAGGCGACAUGCUACAUAUAUUGUCCCUCGCAUCCGCUGGCUCAAAGCUGGAAGAACCACCUACAACAAGCGGUUAGUUGUCUGGGAAGACUUGGAGCCUCGCACGACAUGGCGUUACGCGCUCAAAACAUUCUGCAAAAGCUUCUUGAGCAAGUGUACGAGCAAGACGUGGGCGAAGGGUUCGGCGAGAACCUCACGGCUACCCCAUUAGGAUCGUCUGUAGUGCCCCCUGCAACAUCCCAAAAUCAGGCAAUCUAUAACCCGUUAUCAAUGGGUCUAGAGGAUAGUCUGACUUGGUAUCCGCAAGGCGCAUCCAAUGCAGAGCUUUUGGAUGCGGCCGGUGGUUUUAUGAUUCAAAACCUUUUUGAAGGAUCCGAUGAUUAUGCGGGAGCCCCGUGGAUGCCGAUUUAA